AAGGAGUUGCACCUCGGCGGCAACCAGCUGACGAGUGUGCCGGCGGAGAUCGGGCAGCUCACGUCGCUGGAGAGGUUGAGCCUCCACGGCAACCAGCUGAUGAGUGUGCCGGCGGAGAUUGGGCAGCUCACGUCGCUGGAGAGCUUGGACCUCGGCGGCAACCAGCUGACGAGCGUGCCGGCGGAGAUUGGGCAGCUCACGUCGCUGGUGAGGUUAUUCCUCCAACACAACAAGCUAACGAGCUUGCCGGCAGAGAUUGGGCAGCUCACCUCCCUGA